AUGACAGAAGACAAAAAAAUUGCGAUCGUUGAAGAGACAAUUUGUAAAGACAAGAUUAGUGAGUUACCCGAAGAUUUGCUUGUAAGGAUAUUGAGUCUUGUCCCAAUAAAAGACGCAGUGGCUACCAUGUUUCUGUCGAAACGAUGGCUCUCUAUUUGGACAAUGAUACCAACACUUGAGUACAAAGACAACGAUGAAAUGAAAAACACCGUUUGGAAUCUUCUUGACAAAUCGAUGCAAUUACACAAGGCACCUGUAAUAGACAGCUUAUGCGUGAAACUCGGUCAAUUAUGUCCUACUGAUGUUGAUGUCGUAAAGUGGGUUGCAAACGCUGUUUCUCGCUGCUUACUUGACCUAGAAUUCGUGCUCUCCUGGUCUGCAGAUCCAACCACCUUGCCUAGUAGCCUUUACUUCUGCGAAUCUCUCGUGAAACUGACUCUUUCUCACAAGAUUCUUGUGGAUGUUCUUUCUCCCGCAUGCCUACCAUCUCUUAGAGAGCUCAGUCUAGACUGUGUGGUGUAUAAAGAUGAGGAUUCUGUUGUAAGGUUAUUAUCGGGCUGCCCGGUUCUAAAGAAUCUAUUCGUGAUUCGGAAAAAGACUGCAGACAAUGUGAAAAAGUUCACUAUAAAUGUUCCUUCUUUAUUGGAAUUAUUUUAUAGUACUAGUUAUGAUGAAGAUGAUGAUGAAGAACAUGCCUUGGUUAUCAAUACUCCGAGAUUAGAGGAAUUUAGCAUCCAUGAUUCUUUCGGAGACUCUAGCUCGAUCGAGAAUAUGCCUUUUCUCAAGUGUGCAUAUAUCAAUCUUGCCUCUUGCACUAAUGAAAAGUUUCUAAGGGCGGGUUAUUGGGAGAAUGACUUUUAA